GGCGGCAAGAUUAUCGAGAUUAAAUGUUGAAGGAGCAUUGGAGUGUGUUCAUCUUUACUGUAGACAUACACGGAGAUUAGCGGAAAGCAGAUGUUUCUCUGGGUGUCACUGAGUGGACUGAUACCCUAUGUCAUUGAUCCACAAUCCAUAGGUUCCCAGUUGCAUGUGACGGACACCUGUUAGCCAGGCCAAGAGGAGUAGCAGCCUGUCCACACCGACACAGCCCAGUCCUAUUCUAUUCAACUACAGGCUCCAGUAUGAGUAGUAAGAAGCUGCUGGUGGAUGUGGACUGUGGGGUGGAUGAUGCUCAGGCUAUCAUGAUGGCACUGGCCACCCCUUAUGUAGAGGUCCUGGGCAUCACCUGUGUCCAUGGUAACACCAAUUUGGAGAACGUGUGCAAGAACACGCUGCGGGUGCUUCAAGCCUGCAACAGACUGGAGAUCCCAGUAUUCCGUGGUGCUGCCAAGCCUAUCCUGGGGAAUGUGAUCAGUGCGGGAAACUUCCAUGGUCAGGACGGGUUGGGGGAUGCUCCAGACCCAAACGCUCCGGGGCUGGACAUGCUGCAGAUGGAAGGAGCGGUAUCUGCACUGAUCCGGAUAGUCAACGAAAACCCUGGAGAGGUAUCUCUGGUGGCCACGGCUCCCCUCACCAACCUAGCUCUGGCUGUAAGAAUGGAGCCAUCCUUCCCCAGCAAACUUAAAGGCCUUUACAUCAUGGGAGGCAACACAGAGUCCAGAGGAAACACCACAGUGUGUGCAGAGUUUAACUUCGCUGCCGACCCGGAAGCAGCUUACAUCGUACUGAAUGACUUCCUGUGUCCCACUUACAUAGCCAGCUGGGAGUUCACCUGCCUCAGCAAGCUGCCCUGGUCGUGGUGUGAUGACUGGCUGGCCCAGGAGUCAGAGAAGGCUCGCUUCAUGGCCCAGAUCUUCCGCCACAGUAUGGAGGAGUCGUACAGUGAGCGCUCCCAGGCGGAGAUGAUUGACGGCAUGGGCUUUGUGUCAUGUGACUCCUACGCCAUGGCGGCAGCUAUCGACAACACCUUUGUCACAGAGAGCGACCACAUGGCGGUGAGCGUGGAGCUGACGGGCACACACACGCGUGGCAUGAUGAUCCUGGACACACUGGGCAUGCUGAAGAAGACUCACAAGGCCUUCGUCAUGAAGAAGGUGAACAUGGUGAGGUUUGAGCAGAUGAUGAUGGACGCUCUGAAGUAAUCUCUAGGUCUGCUACAGCUAACCACUAGACUGUAGAAGUAAACUAACCACUACACGUGAGCAGAUGAUGAUGGACGCUCUGAAGUAAUCUCUAGGUCUGCCACAGCUAACCACUAGACUGUAGAAGUAAAAAAACAACUACGGGAACGCUCUAUGGGACCGUAACCAGGGAAAAGUGACAACUCCAACCUCAACCAGUCAGCCCAAGAUCGUGGACGUUAAGGCAGCCCCCAACACCUCUCUGAUUGAGGGGUUGGGUUAGAUGUGGAAGACACAUUUCGGUUAAAUUCAUUCAGUUGUGCAACCCGUUUCCCUUUUACUGUAUUGUCAGCUCACGUUGAUGUUAAGAAUCAUGCCUUGUCAUUUAGAUAAACAUUUUUUAAUAAAUCGAUUGAAUUACAACUCA